AUGUCACCACUACCUGCUCAAAGCGAACCCAUCGCUAUUGUUGGUUGGUCUUGUCGGUUCCCCGGUCAAUCCAACUCGCCCUCCAAACUAUGGGAGCUUCUUUGUGAGCCCAGAGACGUUCGUCAGGAAUUUGGCCCAGAGCGCCUCAAUCUGGGGCGUUUCUACAACAAAGACGGAUCUACUCACGGAGCUACUGAUGUAAAGGGUCAAGGCUAUCUCCUGACUGAAGAUAGUCGACUUUUCGACCCGGCCUUUUUUGGAAUCAGUCCUCUCGAGGCCGACGGCAUGGACCCUCAGCAGCGUAUUCUGCUCGAGGCCGUCUAUGAAACAUUCGAGGCUGCAGGCUACACAUUGGAACAGAUGCGUAGUUCCAACACUUCAGUCCACGUUGGUGUCAUGACCAACGAUUACUCGGAUAUUCAGAUGCGCGAUAUGGAAACAGUGCCCCAGUACACUGCCACUGGAACUGGCCGCAGUAUCCUUUCUAACCGUAUCUCUUAUGUCUUUGACUUGAACGGCCCUUCUAUCACCAUUGAUACUGCUUGCUCUAGUUCACUGGUUGCCGUUCAUCAAGCCAUCCAGGCCAUGCAGUCUGGUGAUUGCAAGGCUGCUAUUGUCGGCGGUGUUAACUUGAUCCUGGAUCCCUCUAUGUAUAUUAUGGAAUCCAAGCUUCAUAUGUUGUCGCCUGAUUCUCAGUCACGCAUGUGGAGCAGUGAUGCCAAUGGUUAUGCUAGAGGCGAGGGAGUGGCUGCUAUGAUGCUCAAGCCACUUAGCGAAGCCAUUCAAGAUAACGACGAUAUCAGAGGCCUCAUCCGCGGCACUGGUGUUAACUCUGACGGCCACAGCCAGGGUAUUACCAUGCCUAAGGCUAGCGCCCAGGCAGAGUUGAUUCGCAGCACAUAUAGAAGAGCUGGACUCGAUCCUAUUAGCGAUCGUCCUCAAUACUUCGAAUGCCAUGGCACUGGAACCAAGGCAGGUGAUCCAGUGGAAGCUCGCGCCAUCUUUGAGGCCUUUAUUGAGCAGAAGAGUGACGACGAGGAAGAUGCUGAGGAGGUAACUUCUCAAGCACAGCAGGAUAAUGAGCAAGAGCCAAUGUAUGUUGGCUCAGUAAAGACGGUGAUUGGCCAUUUGGAAGGCUGUGCUGGUCUGGCUGGUCUGAUCAAGGCAGCCCUCGCCAUUGAAAACCGCACCAUUCCUCCCAACAUGCUCUUCUCCGAACUCAACCCCGAGAUCAAAGACUAUUACGGUCAAUUGCAGAUUGCUGCGGAAGCCCGACCCUGGCCAGCAGUUGCAUCUGAGCAGCCACUCCGGGCCAGUGUCAACAGCUUCGGAUUUGGUGGUACCAACGCUCACGCCAUUCUCGAAAGCUACAAAAAGGACAGCGGUAGUGCCGAAGGUCAAUCACAGGUAGGUAAUGCCACCCAGGUCGCAGGUCAUCCAGUCGGCCCGUUCGUUGUGUCCGGAUUCUCGAGCGCGUCACUCCUCGGAAAUCUAGGCGCUCUGCUCCAGUUGGUAAAGGACGAUCUUAGCCUAAAUCUGGAUGAUGUUGCCUGGGCGCUGCAGACUCGACGUUCCUCACACCGAGUCAAGGCUCACUUUGUGGCCGAUGACCGAGAGCAGCUCAUCGAGCGACUUGAAGAGUUCCUCACUGCGUCUAAGGCCAUCAGCUCCAGGGAAGAUGUCGGUAUCUGCCCCAAGCCUGUCAACUCCAGCGAGGAGCCAGGUAUCCUCGGAGUCUUCACAGGCCAGGGUGCCCAGUGGCCAUCCAUGGGCCGUGGUCUGCUGAAGCGAUCCCCAGUGUUCCGACAGGCGCUGGAGAGAUGUGAUGCUUUUCUCAAGGCUCUCUUUGAUGGACCUCAGUGGUCCUUGAUUGCAGAGCUCGAGGCCGAUGCAUCCACCUCGCGAGUUGGUCAGGCCGAGAUCUCGCAACCCCUUUGCACAGCCGUCCAAAUCGGUCUGGUUGAUAUGCUGCAAGCCGCCGGCGUUGAGUUUUCUGCUGUUGUUGGCCACUCCUCUGGUGAAAUCGCAGCUGUUUAUUCCUGCGGUAUCAUCACUCUUGAAGGCGCCAUCCAGAUUGCCUUUUAUCGAGGCAAAUGGGCCAAGCUGGCACAUGGACCUAAUGCUAGUGGUAAAGGUGCCAUGAUGGCAGCUGGUAUGACGCUUGAGGAAGCCGAGGAGUUCUGCGCAUCUCCUAAAUAUCAGGGCCGCUUAGGCGUAGCUGCUAGCAAUGGACCUCAAAGUGUCACCUUGUCUGGAGACGCUGAUGCUAUUGCCGAAGCUAAGGAGGAGCUGGAUGAGAAGAAGCAGUUUGCUCGACUCUUGCAAGUAGACACUGCCUAUCACUCUCACCACAUGCAGAGCUGUGCUUCCAAGUAUCUCGACUCUCUCACGGCUUGCAAUAUCCAAGUCAGCCAACCUCGCCCUGGCUGUGUCUGGAACUCGAGUGUUCGCGGUGAUACUGAGCUCUUGUACGGCGACUUGUCGUCUCUCAAGGGUACUUACUGGGUUCAGAACAUGGUCCAGCCAGUUCUCUUCCAGCAAGCCGUCAAGUCUUCCAUCUGGCAUGGAGGUCCCUUUGAUCUGGGUGUUGAAGUUGGACCUCACCCUGCCCUCAAGGGUCCCACCGAACAAACGCUCAAGUCAGCUUUUGGUUCCGCUCCUGCGUAUACCGGAGUGCUCAAGCGUGGUGGUAAUGAUGUGCAAGAGCUUUUCAGUGCUAUUGGCAACUAUUGGGCGCAACUGGGUCCCUCGUUUGUAGAAUUUGAGGGGCUCCGCAAGUCGUUUGCUUCUGCUCCUCCCAACCCCAGCGUCCUCGCCAAACUUCCCUCCUACUGCUGGGAUCACGACAAAGUCUACUGGCGCGAGUCAAGAAUCUCCAGGAAGUUCCGCCAAGGUCAGGAUUAUGCUCACGAACUGCUGGGCCGUCGCUCGGCUGAUGAUACUGAUCGAGAGAUGCGCUGGCGCAAUGUUCUAAAGGCCAGUGAACUGCCAUGGGUAGCUGGCCACGAGAUCCUUGGCGAGGUUCUUUUGCCUGGUGCUGCCUAUGUUUCUUUAGCGUUUGAGGCAGCUAUGCGCAUUGCCAUGGCCUCCGCAGCGAAGCGACGCAUCACACUACUGGAGAUUCAAGACAUGAACAUCCAUCGCCCUAUCGUCGUGCCCACUACUAAAGAGGGCAUCGAGACCAUCUUCACCACUCAUAUACUGGGCUCGAGUGAUGCUGAUACUUUAGAAGUCAGUUUCGUAUACCACUACUGCCCCGAUGAGCGCAUCGGAUCUCUGGUUAAUACUUGUGAUGGUCGACUACUGAUCCAUCUCGGUGAUGGGAGCGAGCAGCAGCCACAGCUCCCUAGCCGAGCUGAAGUACAGGGAUCUACAGCAUCUUCAGAUGACCUCUUGCCAGUCAAUACUAAGAGCAUGUACGAGCUUCUGAAAGAAACUGGGCUCAACUAUACUGGUCUCUUCAAGCGUCUGCAGCAGGCCAAGCGCAAGCUCGGUUAUGCUGUGUCUGAUGCUUCUUGGGAAAUCUCCGAGUUCAGUGACAGCUACGUUGCUCACCCCGCUGUUCUAGAUGUCUGCUUCCAGAGUCUGUUCAUCGCCCGAUCCAGCCCAGAUGUUAGCCACGUCUAUGCGACUCCCCUACCUGUCCAUAUCAAGCGCUUGGCUUUGGACCCCAAUGUUUCAUGGGCUAGUGCUAGCUCUAACAGCAUUGAUUUGGCCAUAGAAUCUUUCAUUACCAAGCAGGACGGCUCGUACCUUGACGGAGACUUGCACAUUUACGAUGCCAACUCUGGUGACGCCAUUCUGCAGGUUGAAACCUUGGCAGUCAAUCCCGUCGCUGAGCCCACCGCUGAGCAAGACAGCGACAUCUUCUCCAGUGUCAGUCUUUACGCUGAUCCUUCUUGGCGCCUUACAGAACUGGAUCGAAACUCGAAACUGGAUGAACGUGAGACUGUACUGGCUUACGAUGUUGAAAGAGUCACGCUCUAUUAUGUACAGUAUGUCCUCAAAGCGAUUGAUGUCAGUGAGAGACCCAAGCUUGCGUGGCAUCAUCAGUGCAUGUUGGAGGCGUUUGAACAGAUGGUGGAGGAAGCGCGAAGUGGCCAACAUGCGUACGCCUCACCUGAGUGGCUCGAUGACGAUCGAGAAAUUCUCGAUGCGCUUAUCGCAAAGCACCCUGACGUUAUUGACAUGAUUGCCUGUCAACGAGUAGGAGAGAAUAUGUUAGCUGUCGUUCGAGGUGAAAUCCAAAUCCUCGAACUGAUGAUGGAGAACAACAUUCUUGAACGUGUGUACAUGGAAGCCUGCGGCUGGGUCAUCAUUAUCGAGGCACUUGUCAGUACCCUGAAGCAGCUCGCGCACAAGUUUCCAAGAGCCAAUAUCCUCGAGAUUGGAGCCGGUACAGGAGGCACGACUUGGACGCUGUUCCAAACCAUCAGUGACGCCAUUGGAACCUACACUUAUACCGAUAUUUCUACUGGCUUUUUCGAGGCAGCCGCCAACAAGUUUGCUGACUACAAGGACAAGAUGAUCUUCAAAGCUUUGGAUGUCAGCGCUGACCCUGAGCCCCAAGGCUAUGAGAAGGGCACGUACGACAUCAUCGUUGCCACCAAUGUGCUGCACGCGACUCCUGAGCUCAACACUACUCUUGCUAACACCAGAUCGCUACUGAAGCCUGGAGGCUACUUGGUGCUUGUUGAGACAUCUGGUAUCAGCAUCAUGAGAUCACGUUUCGUCAUGGCCGGUAUGCCUGGUUGGUAUCUUGGCGCUGACGAUGGACGACGCCUGCAUCCAGGUCUUUCCACUGAAGGAUGGAAUGAGCGUCUGACUGAAGUUGGCUUUUCUGGCGUUGACAGUGUAUUUUAUGACUCACCCGAUUACGAGAAGCAUUUGGUGUCACUGAUGGUUACGCAAGCUGUAAAUGACACCGUUGUCCAGCUACGAAACCCACUCAGCGUCAACAUCUCACCUAAAAAGCAAAGCACAUGUCUCCUCAUUGGUGGCAAGACAUUGACCGCUUCCAAGGUCUUACAGUCCAUUAAAGAUGUUUUGCGAUCCAUCGGUUACAAGAAUAUCAAGAAGGCCGCUACUGUGGAGGCAGUCAACCUCAGCAGUCUCUCCCGCGGCGUGGAUGUCAUCUGUCUCCAAGAGCUCGACAAGCCACUUUUCUCAUCUGACAUUUCUGCUUCUGCGCUUAGUGCCCUGCAGCGCUUAUUUUUGCAGACUAAGAACAUCAUUUGGGUCACGCAGAACAGACUGGCAGGCAACCCUCGCUGCAACAUGAUGCUGGGUAUCAUGCGCGCAUUGAAGCAGGAACUUCCACAGAUGAAUGCGCAAAUGGUCGACUUGGAACGCAUUGCCAAUGCGCCUUCGGCAGCUCGAACUAUUAUGGAAACGUUUAUGCGCCUUCGUAUCAUCUCCGAGCAUGAACAUGACGAGGAGCCACUGCUGUGGUUGCAAGAGUCAGAGCUCAUUGCCAGUGCCGACCACAUGCUCAUUCCUCGAGUCAUCCCGGACCAGGGCAUCAACGAAAGACACAACGCAAAGUAUCGCUAUGUCAACAACACAGCAUCUAGUGCCGAUACUGCGGCUCAAGUAGUAUCUCAACGGCGUAAACUGGUCCUGGUUGAGCCGGAAGUUACAGGCUACACUGACGACAAGACAACGGUACAAGUCAACGUCGAGUACUCCCUCCAGGCCCCAUUGCUAAGUAUGGCGAGAGUUUACAUCUGCGUUGGACACAAUGCAGAUACUCAACAGGCUGUUAUUGCCCUGUCUGAGGUCAAUGGAUCCAUGAUCCGCGUACUCGAGCAGAAGCUCAUCUCAAUCUCGUCAGCCGACGUCAGCAUUAGCACAAUCGAGGCCGUUGCAGCGCACAUCAUCGCUCGCGAGGCUUCUUGCGAUGUUCAACACCAUGAGGCAGCAUUGUUCUACAAUAUCCCAGCUGGAACAAGAUCAAACAUCAUCCAAGAAGAGUUCCAACGACAAGAAAAGCAGGUCUUCUUUGCCUCAUCCAGCUCAUCCACUCCUACAGACUGGAUCCGCCUGCCAGCAAACAGCUCUGUCCGUGCUAUGCGAGCCCUUAUUCCACGCCAGGUUGCGCUAUUUGUAAACUGCUCUGAUAUUCCUAUUCGAAACUCCACCUCGCUCUACAAUAGUCUUUCAGUUGGAUGCAAGACUACUGAAGACGUGGUCUUCCAGCAACAUCUUGCCGCUGCAUACCACGACCUUUCACUCAAGGAUGUUUACGACAGUAUCAAAGGCUCUCUCAAGAUUUUUGCAGACGCUGCACCUUCUCAUCUAGUUGUCGAGGCCAAUGACAUUGUUGGACGCGAGGAUUCCACUUUGAGCGAAUCGAUCAUCACAUCUUGGAAGUCUUCGGUUCCCUACGUCUUGGCACAACAGCCUGCCGACCGCACAGCAUUGUUCCACCCUAACAAGACAUACCUUAUGAGUGGUAUGGCUGGAGGUCUAGGUCUCUCUAUUUGUGGAUGGGCUUUGCGUCAAGGAGCCAAGAAUCUCAUCAUUGCCAGUCGCAACCCCCAGAUCUCGCCCGAAUGGCUACAGGAAGCUAAGAAUCUAGGUGCCAAUGUGCAGGUGGUCAAGAUGGAUGCUACUGAUAAAGCAUCCGUUCAGUACGUCGUUGAUAAUGUCUGCACCAUCAUGCCCCCAGUUGCAGGUAUCUGUAAUGCAGCCAUGGUCUUGCAUGAUAGUCUUUUCAUGGACAUGGAUGCCGACAGCAUGAAUAGAUGUUUGAGACCCAAAGUGGAUGGUUCGUGGAAUUUACACACUGCCUUUGCGAACGUCGCCCUCGACUUCUUCAUUCUUCUUGGAUCUGGAGCCAGUAUUGUUGGAAACCCUGGACAGUCCAACUACCAUGCGGCCAACGAGUUCAUGGUUGCCCUGGCCGGCCAACGUCGCCAACAAGGACAAGCAGCUUCCAUCAUUCACAUUGGAGCUGUCAUGGACAUUGGCUAUGUCAGUCGCCAAUCAGCUGGUCACAAGGCGGCUUUCCAGGCCUUGCAGGUUCCUUUGAUCUCUGAGACUGAUGUGCACUAUGCCUUUGCUGAGGCAAUUUUCGCUGGUAGGAAAGACAGCACUCGAAGCUUUGAAGUCAUAGUCGGCAUCAGCCGCAUCAAGAAGUUUCUCGAGGAGGGAGAGCGACCUGCAUGGUUGAACGACCCUCGCUGCUCUCACUUGACGUCCACUGUCAAGGUUCAAACACAGCAGCGCUCUGAAAACGCAGCUUCUUCGCAUAAUCUUCGAGGCCAGAUGGAGUCCGCUCAUACUGAGGAGGAAGCCCUACCCACUCUUCGAGACGCCUGCUGUGCCAAGCUAGAAUCCAUGAUGCAGUUGCCUGAAGGAAGCGUUGAUGUCGAUCGCUCAAUGAUUGACAUUGGUAUCGAUUCACUGGUAGCUGUGGAGAUUCGAACGUGGUUCCUCAAAGAGCUCGGCAGUGACAUUCCUGUGCUUAAGAUCCUUGGAGGUCACUCCGUCGCAACAAUCUGUGUCAUUGCGGCCCAGCAGCUUUUGGCCAAACGUCUUGCUAUCUCGCAGAAGACCGAUGACUCACAAAACGAUAUCCCACACAUCAACGCCGUCGACAGUGAUAACAUAUCGUCUAGCGGCAACUCAGAGCAUCAAGAUUCACCCGGUCAAGAAAGUCCUGAAAGCCUGGGCUCUUCACUUGCGACAACAAACACCGCGCUAGGCCUUGCCGACGAUUCCACAAGUGACAGCGAACAGAUAGUAAAGUCAGAAUCUAUCUCAAGCCUUGACAAAGACACUGAUCAGCUAACAUCUGAAGACGAAAUCUCGCAAGGAAAGCCUAGAGCGGGUGUGAAAGACCUUCAGCGUCAUGCCGUCUCGCACGAAAGCAACAUGACAACGGCGCAAUCCCGUAUUUGGGUCCUUUCCAAAUAUCUCUCGGAUCCCACUACAUACAACCUGGCAUUCUUGUUUGAGGUGGCAGGCGAUCUUGACGUCAACCGAUUCCGAAGCGCCCUGAUGCUUACCAUGCAGCAUCAUCAGUCAUUCCGAACCUGUUUUUACUCCCGAGACGAAGACGCCCAGCCAAUGCAAGCUGUUUUAUUUUCCCCCAUCACCACAUUCAAACACAUUCAAGCCACUGAUGACGACUGUGUUUCGAAAGAGUGGGAAGCAGCCAAAUCAAGACACUGGGACAUUGAGCGAGGGGACACCAUGUCCGUAACGGUUUUGUCUCAUGAAGACAGCGCCGCUACGAAACACGGCAUUAUUUUUGCGUACCACCAUAUCAUUAUGGACGCCGUCAGUUGGCGAAUCUUUUUAACGGAUUUGAAUGCGGCGUAUAAUAUGCGUCCAUUGAAGACUCGAGGCCUCACUUGCAUCGAUUAUACACAGCACCAAUUAAAAGAGGCAAAGUCGGAGUACUACCAGACGCAAUUGAAAUACUGGCGGAAGGAAUUCGCUUCGGCUCCGCAAGUUAUGCCACUCCUUUCCACUGCAAAGACUCGCCUGCGACCAAACACUCAAUCCACCAAAACACACUAUGCUUGGCGCGAGAUUAACGAGAAGCUGUCUGCCAAAAUCAAGUCUGCAUGCCAGAUAACCAAGACUACGCCAUUCCAUUUCCACCUUGCGGUGAUUCAGGCUUUCUUUAGUCUGUCUUUAUCAGCGAACGAAAUCUGUAUUGGCGUAGCAGACUCCAAUCGCAUUACCAGCCAUUACUCAGAGACUGUCGGCUUCUUCAUGAACAUGCUUCCUGUGCGUCUACCGUUGAUCAGGAAAGCCCGUUUCUCUCGGAUGAUGCAAAGCACGAGUAGAAAGGUAUUCACUGCCUUGGAGAACUCAGCAGUAUCUUUUGAUGCUAUCCUGAACGAUCUCAAGGUAGCUCGAUCGGCUUCGCACACGCCUCUGUUCCAAGUCGCUGUGAACUACCGCAAUGGCGCUGUUAGAGAUAUUCCUCUGGGCAAUACAGUCAUGGUGAUGAGGGAUGCACAAGAUGCCAAGAACCCUUAUGAUAUCAGUUUUGGUAUUGUUGAGGCAAGCCAAGACCAGUCCAUGGUUGAAGUGACCUUCCAAGGGUCGCUUUACGACGAGCCUGCUUGCCAGGAAAUCCUCGACUCGUAUAUGCGCCUAGUCGAAGCUUUCUCGUCCAAUCCUAGCGGCUUCGUUAACGACAACGACUUUUACAGCCCAGAAGGCGUCUCGAAAGCUGUAGCUUUGGGCCAAGGCCCACAAGUUGAGUUUGAUUGGCCUUCUACGCUGCCUGAAAGAUUCUUGGAUAUGGCUACACGUUGGAAGGAUCAGCCAGCCAUUAGACAAGGAACUGCUUCCUUUACUUACGGCGAAUUGCGCGGCCGUGUCGCUUCUUUAGCUGCCGAGUUACAAAAAGUCGUAUGCGUCGCAGGUUCUCGAAUUGUUGUGCUUUGUGAGCCAUCAGUAGAUUUCAUUACGUCGCUACUGGCCAUUCUGCAUAUCGGUGGUAUUUACAUUCCUUUGGAUGUUAGUCUGCCUUUGCCACGACACGAGACCAUGGUCAAGACCUGCAAGCCAUCACUUGUUAUCUGUCAUAAAGCGACACAUGCACCUGCCAAAAGCCUUGCCAAGCAUCUUCCUCUGGGUCUGUUGAAUAUUGACGACAUUGGCCAUGAUGACUCGCAAUCAACAAAGCCAGUUGCAUCCGAUCCAAAGUCGGCUGCCUUUAUUCUCUUUACCAGUGGCUCGACCGGAACACCCAAGGGAGUCAUGCUCUCGCAAGCCAAUUUCAUCAACCAUAUUGCACUCAAGAGUAACAGACUUGAUCUCAAGGAAGAGAGAGAGAAUGUUCUCCAGCAAAGUUCCUUGGGCUUCGAUAUGUCCUUGGUGCAGAUCUUCUGCGCUCUGGGCAAUGGAGGCACGCUCGUGAUUAUACCACAUGAGUCUCGAUGGGAUCCUAGUUAUAUCACCAAUGCCAUUCUCCGAGACAAUGUGACUCUUACCAUUGCGACUCCUUCAGAGUACAAGCUUUGGUUAGAGUACGGUGAGACACUAUCUCAAGCCAACCAAUGGCGACAUGCUUGCCUUGGUGGCGAGCCUAUUACUGGACAGCUUGUCCGUCGAUUCUCAUCAUUGGGCUGCGAUCGGUUGACUCUAACCAAUUGUUAUGGACCAACUGAGAUUACAGCCGCAGCUGCUUUCCACACUGUAUCGGCUGUGGAAACAAAAGGUGUGCCGGGUGAAAGCAUAGUUGGUAAAGCACUACCAAACUACCAAGUCUACAUUCUAGAUAACCAGGGUCGCCCUAUGCCACCUGGAUUCGCAGGUGAGAUCUGCAUUGGGGGCUCUGGUUUAGCACUGGGAUACUUGGAUUCUGCCGAGCAAACAAACUCCAAGUUUAUCAAAAGCCCCUUUCGAGAGGGACGAGUAUAUCGCACGGGUGAUAUGGGCCGAUUGGAGCAAGACGGAAGCUUGGUGUUGAUGGGCCGUUUGGAUGGCAACACUCAAAUCAAGCUUGGCGGAAUUCGUAUGGAAUUGACGGAAAUUGAAGAGGCGGUGAUGAACGUAUUUGAUGGUCAAUUGGUGAAUGUUGUGGUUACUGUUCGCGGAGACGCUCUCGUAGCGCACGCCACAGCAGCGUCAGGACGGGAGAUUAACCACACAAAGUCUCAAACUCUCCUGCAGGAGCUUCCCCUUCCACAGUAUAUGCGACCUUCACAAAUCUUCCUUGUUGAUCAACUCCCCAUGACAUCAAACGGCAAGGUGGACCGCAAGGCUGCGGCUGAGCUACCACUGCCUGCCGAGACGACAUCGUCGGAAGCUCGCGGUAGCAGCAAGUUCAACUUACAAGAAGGUGAACUGCGCUUGCUAUGGGACAAGAUACUUGUGCACAAGCAGGGUUUGUCACCAGACUCGGAUUUCUUCCUAGCUGGAGGCAAUUCUAUCCAGCUCAUUAAACUGCAGCAUGCCAUCAGAGAAAGUAUGGGAGUAUUGGUGCCGACGCAGAAGUUGUAUCGAGCCUGUACGCUUCGCGACAUGUCGGCAGUCAUUCAAUCCCAGAAAGGCAGCCAAGAACACGACGAGGAAAUCAAUUGGGAAGAGGAGACGUCUUGGAAACAGACUCAGCUGCAUGAAUUGAGCCAAUUGGUAUCUCACAGAGAGGCCAAGACUGGCGACAACUCUGGAGCACACAUUUUACUGACGGGAGCCAACAGUUUCCUGGGUACUGCCAUAUUGGAUACUCUGGUCAAGAAUGAGGCUGUUGCAGGUGUGUAUUGCAUUGCUAUCCUGCCCGACGAAGUAGACAAGGUACCAAGUUCGAAUGAUAAGGUUGUGACAUACGCGGGCAGCCUUUCAUUACCAACACUGGGACUGGACAACGCGCAGCGAGCAGAUCUACAGAACACUGUAGAUGUUGUGAUACAUGCUGGUGCCAAUGGCCACUGUCUGAACAACUACUCGUCGGUACGUGCAGGAAAUGUACAGUCGACGCGAUUCCUAGCGUCUUUAGCUGUGGCGGCACAAGUGCCACUACUCUUCGUGUCGUCCAACCGAGUAACGCUCCUCUCCGGCAACAAUUCUCUGCCUCCAGUGUCUGUUGCCGCGCACCACCCGCCUACUACAGGAGAGGAGGGCUUUACGGCGUCCAAAUGGGCUAGCGAGCAGCUGCUAGAGAAACUGGUUCACUUUGGUCACAGUGGCCAAGAUUUUGGCCUUGAUGUUCAAAUUCAUCGACCUUGCAUUGUCAUUGGAGACGACGCACCAAGCUCGGAUGCCCUCAAUAAUAUUCUCCGAUUCUCAAGAGCCAUCAGCACCAUCCCAUACUACGAAAACAUGGGCGGGUACCUCGAUCUUAAGCCGGUAGAGCAAGUGGCAGGUGAUAUUGCCUCUGCCGCCAUGGAAAUGAUUUCAUCUUAUGCAGGCGUCACGAGCAGUGUGCGUUAUCGCCAUCACUCAGGCGGGGAAAAGGUAUCUAUUGAUGGUAUGCAAAAGCACAUGGAGCGCAUGUACAACUGCACAUUGGAAAGACUAGAUAUUCGCGAAUGGAUUCCCAAAGCGACCGAGGCUGGCUUGGAUGAAAUGAUUAGCGUCUAUCUUCUGAGCUUAUUGGAGACGGGUACAACAUUGCAAUUUCCUUACCUGGGAGAGCAAUAG